AUGAUUCCUCCAGAUCUUGCUAAUAACGACAACGACGCGCGAAAUCCUGUGACCUGCAAUAAACAAAAAAAGGGCAUACAUUGUCCGGUCCUUAUUGGAGGUCCUGAAACCGGGAAUACUAAUCCCGCGGGUACAACUCAGCCACCUGUCGGUCCCCCUAGCCUAGAACGGAUUUAA